AUGGCUUCUUCGCGAUUGCUAUGCUUUCCAGGAAAGAUUGCAACGGUCAAUGUGUACGGAAGACGAUUAUCACGCUAUAACGACAUCAGCCAAAUACGAACAGCAUCUUCAUCGCAUGGAACUUCCGGCAUAAAGUCAACAUUACCCAGCAGUUCUUCCCCGGAAAGUUUAUUGAAAGCAUUGCCAAAAGCACACGAUGACGGCGAUCGAGGUUAUUUGGCGUUCACCAAAGCAUCCCUGUUCAAAUUGACAUUACCGUUACAGCCUCCUUCGAAUGAUAUCCAUUCGACACGUUCUAAAGCAUCUUCCGCUUAUUCCAUAAGCAAGACGAAACAAUCUUUGCUAGAACGGGAAAAGGAAGAGACCCGAGCCGAAGCAGAGGAUAGCGCGGUAGAAUCAGCAGAGCCAUGGGAAUUGGUAGCAGAUCGGGGAGAAAGGAUAUCACAAAUCGAUCCAUUACAAGGACCAAGUUUGAAACCUGUAUCGGAAGAAACAUCACCCAAAGAUGAUGAAGAUGACAAUUCGAAGCUGAGAAAGAAGUCAAGCAGGCUUCUGUUGCAUGGAUCCGAACAGGGAGAACCAGCCGAUGAUCCCGCUGAAGAAUUCGAUGCAAAAGUUCCGGCCCAUUCGGUUGUAUUUCUACUGCAUAGCGCUCAGCCACUUUCUUAUAUUGCAAGUCUUAUCGAAGCUGAAGGCCCUGGAUUCGGAGAUGACAAAGGCACGAAACCCAAAUCGAUCACUUUUCAUUCGAGAGUGACUGAUUCCAAAAGAUGGAGUCCGGCAACAUCCAUUGGAGAUUUCAUGCGAGAUGCUGCUAGGAUUGGAAGCUUUGCAAUCCGGCUAAAACCACCUAUGGAGGAAGAUGCACGAAAGGCAUACGAAGAUCAGGAGGGUGAGAAAGGUAGGGAAGCUGCACAGAAUAAAAAAGAAGAGAUUGAAAAGAAGUACCUUCAACCUAGAUCGAUUCAAAUCAACGUCCCUUCAUUCGAAGAUCGAAGUCGAUUCUUACGCUCUCAUCUGUAUAACAAGACUGCAGAAAUAGAAAGGAUGGCCAAGAUUAAAGCCGAUUGUGAUGCUUUGGCCAGGUUGACCACGAGAAGAUUCGCGAUUGCUGGUGGAGUGAUUCUUGGAGGUUGGUGGGUAACUGUGUUCUCCAUCACAUUUUUGAGUAAUUGGGGAUGGGAUUUAGCAGAACCUCUGACGUACCUUACCGGUUUGGGUACUCUGAUGGCGGGUUAUACGUGGUUUUUGGUACAUAAUCGUGAAGUAUCUUAUCGUGCAGUCUUGACGGAAACGACGACGAGAAGACAACAAAGACUUUAUAUCGAAAAAGGACUUAAUAUGGAUCGAUAUGAAGAAUUGAUUGAUGAAUGCAAAGAAUUACGCAAACAGAUUCGUAAAGUCGCAGAAGACUAUGAUUUGGAAUGGGAUCAAUCUAAAGGAUCGAGUGGUCAUAAUAAGAGAGCGUUGGAUAUUGUUGAAAAACGUGAAGCACAAGAGAAACAACCUGUGAUUAUCAAAACUGAUUCGGAAGAAGAAGCUGCAAAUGGAUCAGAAGAAGAGAAACAGGAGAAGAAAGGAGACGAGAAAGAAGGAAAAGGAGAGACUGGAAAGAAAGACUAA